UUUGUAAUGAUGGACCAUUGCCUAAAAUGGGUAGGCUACGUGUCGCAUCACGUUAUAUCCUAUGAGCGAAGGGUAAAGUGCAAUCAUGGGGUGGUUGAUGGUGGUGUCUACAAUUGUUCUGGCGUUUGCGGUGUUUGUUGGACAGCGAUUUUAUGCACUAAAUCACUUAACACUUGCAAAUCGUGAACUCACACGAAACCACCUUCCCAGAUGUAGACUGCUUCAGGACAUAGAAUUUGGAGCAGAGGACAUCACUAUCCUUAGAGACGGACUAGCCAUUCUCAGCACAGGAUUGAAGUAUCCAGGAUUGCCAUCCUAUUCUGAUGACCCUGGGAAGAUUUAUACCUUGGACAUGCUAGAUCCUAGCCUGACACCUGUGCCUCUUCACAUCGAAGGAGACUUUGACCAGAAAUCUUUCAACCCACAUGGCAUCAGUGCCUUCACUGACGAAAAUGAUAGGUCUAUAUACUUAUUUGUUGUGAAUCAUCCGUACCAUGAGAGCCAGGUGGAGAUUUUCCAAUUCCUUGAAGAGAAGAACUCCAUUGUGCACCUCAAGACCAUUAAACACGAUCUUCUCCAUCAUGUAAAUGACAUUGUUGCUGUUGGAACGGAUAGCUUCUAUGCUACCAAUGAUCGGUACAGCAGUCACGAUGCUGUGGGGUUCCUGGUGACCAUCUUUGGCCUAGCGUGGUGUGAUGUUGUGUACUAUAGCCCAGCCAAGGUGGAGGUUGUGGCCAAGGGCUUCUAUUCAGCCAAUGGUAUCAACAUUUCCCCAGAUCACAGGUACUUGUAUGUGUCUGAUAUCUUCAAGCAUGCAAUUGAAGUCUUGGAAAUACAGAAACGAGAUUUGUUAGUCCCCGUUAAGUCUGUCGGUGUGGGUUCACUUUGUGACAACAUUGAAGUGGAUGCUGAUACAGGUGACUUAUGGCUGGGGUGUCACCCAAAUGGGGCCAAAUUUGCCUUUAAUGAUCCUAAGGAUCCCCCUGGAUCUGAGGUGAUUAAGAUUAAGAACAUCCACUCUGACCAGCCAAUUGUAAGGCAAGUGUAUGCAGACGAUGGGAGUGUGAUCAUCGGAUCUUCUGUGGCAGCCAGAUAUGGAGGAAAGCUCCUCAUUGGGACUGUCUAUCAACGAGCCCUCUGCUGCGACCUCAGAUAGUCUGUGUGGUUAUUCCUCCAGAUGCAUUAAAUGUGAAGCUGCCAAAUUUAAAUGCUUGAGAAUGGUGCUGGUAGUGGCAAAGUAAGGGUUGAGUUUAUGAUCCCCCUUCUGUUCAAUGUCAUUUUUUUUUUUUUCAGUUUUCCCUUAAAAGACCACUAGAGGGCAGUCACUCCAUUUAGCUUUCUUAGAUGUGCCAUCUAAGGUUUACUUACCAAAUAAAGUUGAAAUGCUUACAUGUUA